AGCGAUACUCUGAGAAUCACAGACAGACCAGAGAUAUCAGAGAUUUGAAGUGGGAUGGCCCUAAGUUGGGUCCUUCAAUCUUCAUCUUCAUCUGCUGCUUUCCCCAGUUUCUGUCAUUCUUAGUGGACUAUCAUGACGGGCGAAGGCUCGGAUUCUCAAGGGUGGAGCCGAGCCCGGGGUUUGGUUGUCAAAACGCUAGUAUUGCUUGGAGGUGCACUUCUACUCAAUAGACUAAACAAGUCCACCACUAGAUGGGAUCAUGCUCGAAUUGUCGCCGAUUCCCUCAGCGGUGAGAAGUUCUCUCGGGAUCAAGCUUCCAGGGAUCCAGAUAAUUACUUCAAUUUGAGAAUGCUUACAUGCCCAGCAGCCGAGAUGGACGGUUCAAAGGUCUUAUAUUUGGAACAAGCAUUUUGGAGAACUCCUCAGAAGCCCUUUCGGCAGCGAUUUUCUAUGGUGAAGCCUUGUCCAAAAGAGAUGAAAUGUGACGUUGAGCUUAGCUCAUAUGCCAUUAGAGAUGCAGAGGAGUACAAAAACUUCUGUGAUAGGCCAAAGGACCAGCGCCCACUGCCUGAAGAAGUUAUUGGGGACAUUGCUGAACAUUUGACAACUAUUUAUCUCAAGCGCUGUGAACGUGGAAAGCGCUGUUUAUAUGAGGGUUCAACUCCACCAGGUGGCUUCCCAAAUUCAUGGAAUGGUGCGACAUAUUGCACAUCUGAGCUUUCAGUCCUGAAGAAUGGCGAAAUACAGACUUUGGACAGGGGCUAUGAAGAUGAUGGAAAUCAAGUUUGGGGAGUGAAGGGAGGCCCAUACGAGUUCAAACCUGCACCUUCCUCGAGUUUCAGCGAUAUGUAUGCUCUAAAUUUCUCUUCCUCACCAGCUUCCAUGGAGCAAAGGAUAGAGGGUUCGUUUGUCGUGCAAGAUCAAGAAUGAUAACUUGUAGAUGCUACAUUUGCCAUGUAAAUUUGAAGUAUUUUUUAGGAUAGAUAUAUUAUUUCUCUAUAAAGCAUCAUCUUUUUCCUCACU